AUCUAUCUCACUAUGUCUCUGCAUCUGGAAUAUUUAACGAUUCUCUAUACAAAAGUAGCAGGGUAGAACUUAAGCUCAUAACAGAUAUGGAUAAGUAUCUGAUAGUUAAAAAUGGAAUCCGUGGAGGAAUGACAAUGGUAAGUCCAGAGGAAGUACCCGAUAUCCAAAGUAUUGCACCAGAUACAGAAAUAGGCUAUUUACUUGAAGUUGAUUUAGAAGCUUCAGUGCACUUGUAUGAUUACUUUUCAGAUUAUCCUUUAGCACCAGAAAAGCAGAUAAUACUAGAAAACUGGCUUAGUCUAUACAAUAAAAUAUUAGUGCGUGAUAAAAAUGUUGGAGAAGGGAAAUAUGUAUCUGGAGAAAAGCUAGUUCAGACUCUUUUUACUAAGAAGAAUUAUAUAGUUCAUUACUGA